GGCAAGGCCUGAGCUGCUCCUCACCCAAGAGAGCCGGUGGUCCCGAAGGGUGCACAUGGGAGGGGAAGACAUAGCAGCAAAAGCACCAGUUUCUGGACAAGCCUGGGGCUCACCGGAAGUUGACACUUGCCAUGCCCAGCUGCCUCCCAGCUGAGCAGUCAACCUGAGCCCAGUUUCACAAUGCCACGUGUUCACAAGCUUCUACGCGGGACCGUGGCCUGAUGGGAAACUGCUGAGCUGCUGUCGCCUCUUGCUCUGUGUGGCCCAGACGCAGCUCCCAGCUCUCAGCUACAGCACAGGCUCCUGAAGAGGGAGAAGCAGCAUCCAUUCCCAGCUGGACUCCCUGCCGUCGGAAGCAUGAAGAGAAGCAGAGCUGCCUUUCUGGACAUUGCCAAAACAGAUACAUCUCCAGUUUGUGAAGACCAUUUAACGUGUGGGAACAUGGAUUUGGUGCAGGAGCAACUGCCUGCCACCCAGGCAGAGAGACAACUGGAGGCUGGCAUCGAUUUGCAAAGGGACAAAGAAGAUGAGGGGCCCCUGGGUGAAGCUGAGGAGCUACAAGAUGAAGGUCUGUCAGCUGGAGACCAAACAUUUUUGGAAGAAUUCCCCAGAUGGAAACAGGAUCAAAAAAGGGCCAUUAAGAAGCUCCGCAGACUUGCAGACGAGAUCGACACAAACCACCAGACAGUCACCAAGAGCAAGGUGGUAUCCAACUCGGCCGCCGUGGUCUCCGGGGUCAUGACAAUCCUAGGUUUAGCCCUCGCCCCGGCGACGGCAGGAGGAAGUCUCAUGCUAACAGCUGCUGGCCAAGGCCUGGGGGCCAUAGCCGGGAUCACCAAUAUUGUGAGCAACGUGUUGGAAAAUUCUCGAAAUAAAAAAGCCCAAGCUCAAGCCAACAGCCUGGUGGCCUCCGAUGACUGGAAGUUGCAGGCCAGAGGAGGGCAGACAUCCUAUGUCACAGCUGUGGGUAAGAUUGUCUACGACUGUGGGAAUGCCGUGGACAACAUCAGGAAGAAUGCCCAAGCCUACCGCCUCACCCAAGCCCAUCCGCACUUGGCCAAAGCCGCCAAGCAACUCCUGAAAACCGGCCAAGUCUCAGUCAAGAGCAGCAGACAGGUGCAGAAGGCCUUUGAGGGCACGGCCUUGGCCAUGACAAGAAAUGCACGCAUGCUGGGAGGGGCGGUGGCUGUCAUCUCCCUGAGCCAGGACGUGGUGGCUCUCUCGAAUGACCUGAAGCAACUGAAGGAGGGAACGAGGGCAGAGCUUGCAGAGGAGCUCCGGGACAAGGCUCGGGAGCUGGAGGAGCUGGUGGCAGAAUGCACCUACCACUGCGACAGGCUGCGGCACAAGAAACUCUUGCAAGAAAAAAGCUUCUGAGUGCCUGUUUGGAGGGAACCAUGGAGAGGCCUCAGCCUCCCUCCAGACGUGGGCAUGCAGAAUCCCUGCGUGCAGGACGGAUGAAGGCACGCUGAGGCCCAGGGCCUCUGGCCUAGUCAAAGGCAACCAGAGUGGGAGCCAAACGCUGGCAGAGGAGCUGCACAGAGACUUGCCAACUGGGAGGUCCAAGAGAGCUCCUUAGUCCUGGGAGGGCCUGCCAACCCUGGUAGCAAAGCUCCUUCGCCUCAGUCCCUUACCUACACCGCAGCUGUUGCACUUUGGACAGGUCUUGUUUCCUGCCAGCCUCUAAAGUGAGGAGCAGGAGAGGCCCUAGGGAAAGGUCAGCUCCGUGUCAGGUCACCUCUCUGUCCCCACCCUGUAGCUAGUGGCUCAGAGCACCCCCCCCCCCCCCCCACACACACAAACACACACGGAGGAUGUCACAGGAACCUGCUCAACCAGAUUCCAUCCAGAAGGAGAGAGGCCCCCGACCCCCUCUUGUACGGGAAGUUCUCAGUGCCUUUUCAGGACCUUAUACAUUGUUGGUUGAUUUCUCCCGGCUAUCUGGUUUACCUCUUAAUUUUUUUUUUUUUUUUUUUUUUUUUGCCAGUUCUGGGGCUGAAC